CUGUAUUUUCAGAGGAGAGAUUUAUUGAGUAUCGUAACUUUGGCCGAGCGGAUUGGUUGGGCAUUUUAAAUUUCAUAUCCGAUUUUGACUUCAACCCCUUAUAUUCCACUUCUGAUGUGAAUUGUCAACUUUCACUAUUUGAUUUGUUGUUUAACGCGCUAUUGUCUUUCGUUCCUGUUUCUGUUCGUAAGGUCAACCCCAGGAAUGAUGCAUGGUUGGAAUCUGAUGUGGUAAAAUCGGCACGGAUGUUUAGAGAUCUUGCGUACUUUGAGUGGCGCAAGCGACCUAUGGAGGGUAAUAGAAUAAUAUAUUGUAUGUAUAGGAAUCGUUGUAAGGCUGUGAUGAGGAAUGAGAGGCGUAAGUACUAUAAUGAUCUCUUUGGUCGUAUGAAUAAUAAUCAGCUGUGGAAAUCUCUAAAGUCGUUUGGUGUUUUGGGUAGUGAUAAUGAAGCUCCACCAAUUGAUGUCAAUGCUGCUAAUCAUUAUUUUUCCAGUGGGAAUCCUGGUUUUGUGGGUGAGCGUGGUCAGUCUCUUUAUAGUGAGGGUCAUGUGGGAGAUGAUGUUUUUCGGUUUUAUUGCAUAUUUUAUUCUGAUGUUGUAAGGUCAUUAAAUAAAGUUAAGUCGGGAGCUGUGGGGGUUGAUGGCGUGCCAGUAAAGUUUUUUAAACUUAUAUUUCCAUACAUUUCCUGUCAUUUCCUGCAUUUUGUUAACUCGAUUUUUAUGACAUCUACUUUUCCUCGGGCGUGGAAGGUUGCACGAAUUGUUCCUGUGCCGAAAACUGGUGAAUCAUUUGAUUUGCCGAAUCUGCGUCCCAUUAGCAUUCUACCUGCUAUGUCAAAAAUCGUUGAGCAUAUUAUUAAAGAAGCGAUUGUUGACUUCCUUGAUGAUCGUAGGCUAUUGAGUAGUUCUCAGUUUGGUUUUCGGCGGCGAUGUAGUACGACCACGCACUUAUUAUAUCUUACUGACAUGAUCAGAGAUGUAUUUAAUUCAUCUGAUGUUGGGUUAUUAUUGGGCCUUGACUUGUCAAAGGCUUUUGAUUCGAUAAACCAUUCCCUUUUACUUGACAAGCUGAGGUUUAAGUUUGGUUUUUCAUCUUCUGCGUGUCGUUUAAUGGCUUCAUAUUUGGAAGGUAGGUCUCAGUUUGUUGUUCAUUUGGGUGUUUCGUCUGAAGUUUGUAGUGUCCAAUGUGGAGUCCCGCAAGGUUCUGUACUGGGACCGUUGUUAUUUAUUAUGUUCAUUAAUGACAUUGUGCACUCAGUUGUUGAUGACAGGUGUUGUCUGUUUUUGUAUGCAGAUGAUAUUCAUGUUUUCUUCAGAGAGGCUGAUAUUGCUGGGUUGGAAGGGUUGGUUAAUUCUAUUGUUUUGUCUCUUUCGUCGUGGAUUUCGCUAAAUGGCCUUAUGAUUAAUUGGAAUAAAACUAAAGCUAUGCUGUUCAAUGAUCAUGGUAAUGGUGGUUCUCUUAAUAUUACUGUGGGUUCUGUGUUAGUGAAAUUUGUUGAUGAAAUGAAAUGUCUUGGUGUUAUAAUUGAUCGGAAGUUGGACUUUAAGAGACACAUUGAUUCCUUGCUUUGUCGUAUAAGGUUUCAGCUGCGGAGGCUGUAUUGUCUUAAUGCUUAUUUGCCUUGUCAUGUUAGGAAGAGAGUGGUUGUAUCCUUGCUGCUAUCGCAGGUAAAUUAUUGUCUAGAGGUAGUCUCCGGUACUACUUCUUCUCAAAUGCAACGUAUCCGUAGGGCGGUAAAUUCGAUUGUUCGUUAUGUGUAUGGCUUGCGUCGUGGUGAUCAUGUUUCUUGUUUUGUUAAUGAUCUCCUGGGAUUGCCAUUUAGCAGCUACGUUGAUCUUCGUAUUCUUCAAUUUCAUUACAGUGUUAUGUGCAAUUUUGACUGUCCUCUUCGUGACAACUUUUUGUUUUGUAGAUCAUCUCGAAAUCCUCAAUUGUUGUGUCCAAGGUUUUCGUCCUCCAUUGGUGAGAGAUCAUUUGUGGUUAGGGCGGUGAGAUUGUGGAAUCAGCUUCCUUUGGCCUUACGUACUUUUGCCCAUACCAAUUAUCUGUUUAGGGUUAAAGUAAUUGAAUACCUUCGCCUAAAUAUGUAGGCUAUGUUUUUGUAGUGGUUGCGUCGGUUUAUUAUGGGUCUUUCUUUUUGCUUUUCUUUUUGUUUGGGCUGGGGAGCCACUAUAUUAUCUUCUUAAUUUUAUUUGUAGGGUAUAAUGUGAGUUACUAUUUAUACUCUGUUUUGUGAGUAAUAAAAUAGUUAUCUCUUAUUUUUAGCUCGUUUCUGCUACACUUUUUCACUGCUCUACUAGACUAUUGUUUAGUUGGUGAUGGUGAAUCGAGGUGUAGGGUUCGAGCUUCUCGUGAAUUAUUAAGAUAAAUUAUUAGGUUUAAUAUGUUAUUUGUUAAGUUUGAAUUAAUCAUUCAAUUUGUAUUAUGUUAGGGUAUUGUAGAUAGAUAAUAUAAGUUAUGGGCCCUGUGGGCUUAUUUAUAUUUCUUUGUAAGGUAAAUAAAUGAAAUGAAAUGAAAAUGAAAUGAAGCUGAAGAAAAAACUGAUUUAUGAGCCAUAAACUGACAUAAAAAUAGCAAAAAGCAGCGUGGACGGAUUAUAAUAAAACAUAUACACAAAGUGGCGACAAAAAUUUUUGCUAGCAAUGUGAAAAUGUAAAAUGAAAAAAUGGCAUUGAAGCUGCUAUGUAAUAAAUGUGUAUAGACAAAACCACAAAAAAAGAAAAGAAAAAAAAAAAAGAAGAGAAGACGACGUCUGUGAAAGAAUAAAUGUUAAAUACGUUGCGACAAGAAAACUAACAAGUAAAAAUGUUUCAAAAAUAAAAAAAUAAAAAAAGAAGAGAAGACGACGUCUGUGAAAGAAUAAAUGUUAAAUACGUUGCGACAAGAAAACUAACAAGUAAAAAUGUUUCAAAAAUAUCGUCAAUUGUAAAAAAAAACAACAACCAAAAAAUAAAAUUCAAUAAGCAAAGUGUGCUACGCCAAUUUUUUACGUCGUUGUUGUCCAGGCACAAAGCUAAAUGUGACUUUCGAAGGAAGAAUUCGUUUUUUCGACCAAGAAGAAGAAAAUAGCAGGCAGGCGAAUUGUAUGUGUGUGUGUAUGUCAGCAGAGCAACAAAACCAAACCAAACCAAGUCAUAUUGUCGUUCGCUGAAAGCAGAAAAAAGUUUUUCUUUGCAGCGUCUGUUAUGAAAACGUAUUUUUUUGGCUGCCAACUCCUUUUGAGCGACUUUGCCGGUCGUUGCAAAUAUAGGUGCAGAAUUUUCUUUUGAAAAGUCCAUUGGGUGUAUGGCAACCGAUUGGCCUGGUGUCCGGGUGUAUGUUUCAUUGAAAUUGACAAGAAAAUAAAUUUAAUGGCAUUUGUUGUUGCAAUAUCGCACGAAAAGACUGCUGCUGUCGCUGUGUCAAAGCUGCCACCGCUGCUGCUGUUGACAACGUCAUCGUCGUCGUUGUUAUUGCCAUUGUCGUCGCGUUUGUCUCCUGUUCAUAAAGAUGAACAAUGAAAGUAUUAAGUCGAUCACAUCUAAAGCAAUAUUGUCGUCUACCACAUCUGCAGCCACCACCAGCAACGCAUCAUCAUCAUCAUCGCCACCAUCAUCAAUACAAUCGACACUGUCACUGUCAUCAACAAAUUCUUCAUACAAUUCGUCUUCAUCGUCCAACUUUGACGCCACUGUUAACGCCAUUACCGCUGCGGUCAAUGCAAGUAGUCACCUGCCAGCCACCACGCCCCCAAACGCUGCUGUAGUUGUUGCCGUGGCCGUUUCAUCGUUGGCAGCAGCCAUUAUACCUGAUACUCCCAUUGUUUCGAUUGCCGGUUCGACAUUAAGUGAAAUAACUACAACAACAACCUCGACUAGAACCACACCUACACCGGUACCCACCAGCAAGGAAUCGCCUUCGACAAAUACACCGACAAAUAAAAACUCCAAAAUUACCAAUAAGGACCUUGCAAAGAAAUCGGACAGCCACUCAUUGUCGUCCCAGUCAUCUGCAGCAGCAACCGGCAAGGGGUCAAAUCCAAUGUCGCUGGCCAAUACAUCAGCUGUUACAGGCGCUGUCACUAACGCCACAACAACAUCGUCACCAUUAACAGCCAACAACAGCAGUAAUGUUGCUGCAACAACAGCUGAUAAAGAGUCAACAAAACAAAUAACCAACAGUAAUACCACAAAAGGAUCUUCAGGCAGCAACGAAUCAGCAGUGGUCAAAAAAGGGGAAUCCACCUCAGCAUCAACAACUGAGGUUUCUUCAACACCACCAGCAUCGUCCUCAUCAUCAUCACCUUCUCAGGCAGUUUGUAAUGCAAACUCUGUUAGCAAAGCCGAUGAUACGAACACCAAAAAUACCAAUGAAACUAAAACAAAGGAUUCUUUAUCUGAAUCAUGGGAGGAAAGCCGUCUAAAAGAUUUGGAUGAUAAUAAACUCCGAGAAUUAUUAGAAGAAGCCUAUACCUAUAAAAAUCCAGGAGAUAAAAAAAACAAAAGUGAAACCUUCUUGAAAUUACUUGAGAAAGCAGAAAAUGAAGAUCAAUCCCAUUCAUUUCGUGCAAUAGCAACAGGUGGAUCCCGCAACUUGUCCUGUUCAAAAACGUCCAACAAUUAUCAUCAUUAUCAGAAUUCACAUUCACAUAGCAAUAAUCACAGUCGGUCCCAUCGCCAUCAUCAUCCCCAUAAUCUCAAGCAGGGUGGAUCCUUGCAAGAUCUUUUCGAAAUUGGUUUGCACGAAUCGCUAUUGGAUUGUGAUCAGGUGCUUGGUGGUGGCGGCAUUGGGGGAAAUCCCAGAACACGACGACAAAAUCACAAUUCGCGACAAAAGAAAUACUCGUCGUCUGUAUCGUCGAGGCAACGUGAAGGCGGCAGCCUGCCCAGCAAUGUUAAUGUAACACAUCAGCUGAGUGGUGGUGUUGGCGCUGGCGUUGGACAUGAUUUAGCAUUUAUGCAACAGGAGGGUACAUCUACGGCAGUUGCAUCGGGUAAAGCUGGUAAAAAGGAAAAGAAACUCAAUUUGGCUAAGGCAGUUCCCGUUGCUACAUCGUCGGAAACUAAGGAAUUUUCAAAUACAAAUAAUACAUUAGCUGCAACAGUGACUGCAAGUGGUCCAGAAGAUACAACAACAAUUUUUGAUUCACCAACAAAAUUGACCAUUGAAAAUACAACAACAAAAAGUGAUACUACUUCAUCGGCAACCGCUGCCGCCGCAGCCACAGCCACUGCCCCUACCCCUGCUGACUGGACAUUUGCCGCAAGUGGUGGUGAUUUUAUAAUUGACAUGGAUGAACCUAUGAUGGAUAUACAACAGCAACAAAAAAUCUUACAAAGUAAAGGACCAGAUUCUGCAAAACAGGGUCAGUCGUAUUAUGAACGCUUGAACAGUGUCGAUUUAAACAGUGUAGUAAUUGGUCCAGCCAAGGGAACAUAUUUUGCUCCCACAUCUUCACAAUGCUAUGUCGAUGAAACGUUACGUUUUAAUGCCCUAGAACGAAAUGCUAACAACAGCAACAACAACAACAACAAUAACGGCAACAACAAUACUCCAAAUGCAUCAACUGUGGAUGCCAAAUUGUUACCAUUUGAUGAAUACUAUAAUUCGGUGUUGGGUGUUGGUGGUGAUGUGGCCGCUUCUUGUGGUGGUGGUGGUGGUGGUGCUGUUGCUGGCAGUGAAGUUGAGAAAUUAUCAGAGCUUCUUGGAAAAACAAAAGCUAAUUCAAUUUAUACGAAAAUUUCUUCACCUGCCUCUGGUCCAUCGGUUUUGGCUGGACCCCAAAAUAACAUUGUUAGCUUAAGCCAACGCCACCUUGAUGAAAACGGCAAUGCUCUUGGUGAACUCUAUGGCAAUUCGGGAACGACAGUUACCGGCGGCAACACUGUGCAAAUUAAUUGUGUUUCUCCCACAGCAGCGGCGGCCGCUGCCGCCGCCGGCACAGCUGGUAGUGCUGGCAUACUAUUAACCUCAUGUGGCAAUAAUGUUUCAACAUCAGCCACGGUGACAAUUCCUCCCCAUCCCUCAUCCACAACUGUCUCAACAUCGGCCACAAUAACAACCUAUGCUUCAGGGCCUUCGCAGGCGAAGGCCAAGACAAAAAAGAAAUCGCAGCAGGAACGCAACACAAAAACUGUAGAUGUAGAGUCUGUGGCCGGUUAUAGGGGCAAAGAUCCUGUUGAGGAUUUGGUGAGAUACAUAGAAAGUACCGGCGAAGGUGGUGGGACCACAAAAUCCGGUGAUAAAAAAAAGGAACGUAAAAAGGACAAGGAAAAGCAUCAGAAACUUAAGAAAAGUAAUUCUCUGGAAGAAUUACGUAGCGGUGCUAAAAUGGAGGUGCAUGAAUUGAAAAGAACGGCAGCCACCACGGAGAGUAAUAAUGCGGUUGUUAUGCGUCAAAAGGGGGCUGCUGCUGCCACAUCAGCUUCAACGGGAGGCAAACAAAAUAAAAAUAACUCCGCGUCCACUGCGGACAUAAACAAAAAUCUCGAAACUAAAACAAAUAAUUCGAAUACACGCAAAAGUGAUCGCCGUUCUUGGGGUAACGAAGAUCUGAAGUAUUUGGAAGAUCAACAAAAUGCCAGUAAUAACAACACUUUAAUGACAAAUGAAGAGAAACCCAUGGCGAAUUCAAAUACAUCAGGUAAUUCAACGAAAACUGAGAAAAAGAAAUCCCUGAGUAAAGAGGACAAGGAAUUCAAGGAUAAAACGGCUGAGCGCAAUGAAAAGAAUCUAAACAACAACAACAACAAUAACAAUGUGAUGUUGUUGUCCUCAGGAACAGGAAGUCAGCCAGAAAAAUCCGAAAGACGUAAACGUUACGAUACUCCACCCAAUGCCGUUACCAUUAUCGAUAUUGUACCCAUGGAAUCUUCUUGUCCCGAAACUGCCGAAUUCCAUGUGGUGACCAAAAAGAAAAAACCCAAAAAACCAAAGGUCAUGGAAGAAACCACCACGGUGACAUUUAAUCGGACGCACAAUUUCACCAUUUCACAGAAGUUAUCAUCCACCUCCGCCUCCUCCGCCUCCUCCUCACAAACAGCCACAAGUCAGCAACAACGUUAUAAUAAAUAUUACCAACAUGAAACCAACGCCAACGUAACAACAGGCGGUAAUUAUCACCAACACAAUUCUGCACAACAACAACAAGCCCAACAAAAUAAUGAAACAUUUAACAAUACUAACAACAACAACAACAACAACAAUGAUAAAUCUAGACGUAAAUCAACUUCAUCCGUGCCACCAUCAGACAAAUCUGAUUCAAGUGAUCUCGACUCGGUUCAUUCAUUGCCAAUUGAAUCGACUCAAAAACCCAAUGCCUCGGCAAUAACAACGGCAAAAGAAAACCAAAACAAAACAAAGGGCAAAAAUCCAAAUCCCUUAAAUAAAAAUGUACCCAUUUCUUAUGCGGAUAUAGCUAGAACUAAUAAGGAAAUAGCUGAUGCGGCGGCCGCAGCCGCAGCCGCUGCUGCCGCCGCCACUGCUGCCCAAUCAAAUAACAUUGGAGAGCCAAACAAUCCCGAAACCAAAACUAACGAAAGUCAUACUCAUCAUAACCCGGUAGCCGAAGAAGAAAAACCCAAACCAUCCACAAAAUCCCGAAAGUCCCAGGCGGCCAAGCAAGAUUUUCCAGAGCUAGCCCCAACCGCCGUGACAUAUUCCCAAAGUUUUGCCAAUCAGCAAUUGAUUACAACAGCUGCAAAUGGUGGCAAUGAGGAAAGUCACAACAAAUCCUCUUCGCCUCCGGAACUACCACAAACAGCAGCCGCAGCACCCACGCAACAUAAUCCGCCUCCUCAGAUAUUACAAAAAUCAAAGAGCGUGGAAAAUGAAUCAAGUCCUCCUCCACCUUCAUUAUCAUUAUCAACGACGACGACGACGACGGCGGCGGUGGUGGUGUCUUCUUAUGUGGCCUCUUUGAAUGGCCAGAAUUUAGAUCAGCAAUAUCCUGCCUUAGAAAAAACCGUUAAACGUCAUAGUUCGGCAAAUGUGGCCAUGAAUUAUUCUUCAACAUUGACUGCCAGUCAUCCCCAGUCAGCAGCAGCAGCCGCAGCAGCAGUAUCAUCAUCGUCGACUGCCGCCGCAGCGCCAGCUUUUAACUUUGCAGCAGCUGCUAAACAACAAGUUUUGGCAAAUAAUAGUAUUGAAAAUACCACCACACAACACAGCAAAAAUGUAGCCUUAACUACCUCAACAAAUACUGCAACAAGCACUACAACAAAUCAUCCCACUAACACCAAUACCUCUAGUAACACAAACACAAGUAGGAAAUCCAAAGAAAAAACUCCACCCAUUAAUGCUACUAAUUCCAAUAAUCCCAAUGAGACUAGCAACAACAACAACAGCAACACCAAUACUAUGAAAAAAGGAUCCAAGAAGGAUCGUCAGCAACAACAGCAAAAUCAAACCAUUGAGGCUUCUUCCAAACAACAGCAACAAUUCACUACAACAUCAACUUCCAGAAAAUUAACAAGGAACCAAUUAAAAUCCUCCAAUUCAUUACCCUUAAAUUCGUCCACAGCAUCAUCGACUACAUCGUCGACGACGACCGCAACGGCAACGGCGACACAUCUCUCCACCACCAGCAAUCCCCGCCCAGCUGUUAUAAUUUUAAAUGAUGAUCGAAAUCCAUCGGCAGAUAAUCAAUUUACCUUUGGCGAUUUCAAUGAGGAUGAAUUGAAGCUGUUCGAGGAUGAUGUUGUGGCCGAUACAAACAACACGACCACCGAUCUAAAUGAGCAUGAUUCAAGUGAAGCGACCGCGGCACCAUCUGCCUCCAAAUCAUCGCCUACAUCAACAACAUCAUACUUCAAUGAUUCGGGGGCUUCUUGUGAAAAUGAUUUGGUGAAUAAUUCAACGCCAGAUAUGUUGUUAAACUCCAGUGUUGAGGCAUCUUCUCCCAACACAUCCUUUGUGGGCGGCCACAGCAACAAUAACACCAACAGCAGCAGCAGUAGCACUAAUCUGGCCAAUCAUCACCAUCAUCAUCAUCAUGGCGCUGGUGGCCACAACAUGACAACCACCGGGAAAAAUAAUCAAUCAAGUGAUAGUGGCAUUUAUACCGAUAAAACCAAGACCUUAUCAUCAUCGUCGUCGUCAUCAUCAUCAUCAGCCUCCUCCAAUAAUAAUAUAAGUAACAGCAGCAGCAGCAGUAGCAGUGGUGGUGGCGGUGGCGUGCGUUCUGCCUCAGUGAGUGCAGCCAACAAAGAUGUUGACAACAAAUUGAAUACGUUCCUUUCCAAUACCAAAUGUACAAGUGUUCAUACAUCGCUGGAUAACUUGGAUCCACCGCCGCAGCAAUUAGAGACUUGUAAUGAUAUUGAAACAGCUAUCAUUGCAGCAGCCAGAGAGGCUGCAAAACAGCAACAACAAAAACAACACAAAUCACAACAAACACAAUACAAAAAUGCAAAUUCUUCAAAUUCAAGUUCCUUUUCUUCAUCUUCAUCAGCAGCAGCAGCAGCAGCAACAGCUGCAAGAGCGGCUGUAGCAUCAUCAUAUAAUAAUAUACACACCUCCAGCAGCAACAGCAGUAAUUCUUAUCACCAUCACCACCAGCCACAUCAACAGAAGCAACACUGUAAUGUCGCCGAUCGUAAUAACGAUGAUGAAGAUGAUUAUAUUAAUACACCACGUAGUCGUAGUCCUAGUCGUCCAAGACGCCUAGCCAUACAAUUUAUACCACCAACAAUGGCAACAGCGUUUUCCACACAGCAGCAUAAUGAUAUAAUUAUUGAUUUCAUUGGAUCAGCUUGGGAAGAAAUUGCCAAUAGCAAAGUUACAAAAGUCUACGAUGGACAAUAAACGAUAAUACAACAACAACAACAUGUUAUAACUGAUAACCAUCCCUUAUACAACCUGAAUGGACAACACAAAACAAGAAAGUAUUUCAGUGUGAUGUUGGAUGGAUGGAUCCUCUGACUAACGAAACCAAACGCAUGCCUACCAGCAUAGCUAAAACAACAAAACAUUUAAUACGAAUUUUAUAUGAAUGAAUUAGGCCAUCAGUAACAACAACUACUAACACACUACAAGAGACCACCACGGGUCUGGUCUUGAAAAAGAAAUCCGCAUAAUUAAAAAAAGUAGAGUAAAGCGCACGGGCAGCAGCAGAAUCUGCAGAGCACAGGAACAAAAAAAGUAAAACAACCACAACAACAAGAAAAUCACACGGAACGAACAUAAGAAAUACUAAACAAAUCUAAACAUAACAAAAUGCUAGCGUAUGUAUAAUUUAAAUUAACAAUAUUAGAAUUAAAAAAAAAAAAAAUAAAAUUAAUAAAACAAAACAGAAUUAAUAAAAUUAAAUUAUAAUUAAAAAAAACAAAGAGCUACACUAAAUCAUAAUAUAUAAAAAAAAAACAACAAAAUACUAAAACUAAGUAAAUGAUGAAAAAAGAUAAUAAGAAGCUAAAACAAACAACAAACAAACAAACUACCCAGCAAGAAUUAGUUAUAAAAUAAUGUAUUUAUGUUCAUUAUUAUUAUCAUUAUUAUUAUUACUUUUUGUUUUUUUUUUUUCCUCUUUUCUUUUGAUUUUUAAUGCUUUAUUUUUUCUUUUUUUUUAUUUAAUAAAAACGCAUCUUUAGUUCUUUUUUCCUACCUCCUCCCCCCCUCCCCAUCAUUAUUUUAAAUGUUACUACAAAACGAAUUCACUGAAUUAAAUUAAAUUUAAAGAAAAGAAAAUCCCAAAUUAUAAAACAAAUUACUACUUUGAGCCAUUUUUUUACAAAUGUAUAUUUAAAAAAACAAAAACAAAAAACAAAAGUAUGAACCCAGGAAUUAGAAUGUAUUUUAAAUAAAUAAAACAACAAACAAA